GUUCUGUCCAGCAGGGGGCGCCGUGGACUCAGCAGCUGAUCAGAGGGGGGGCGUUCACACGUCCUCUGGUCUUUCAUCUGUCCAGCUCAUUUUCUGCUCCAGACUCUGAAACAGAAACACAAAGGAGACGACGCUCGUUCAUCCAACCUCUCAUCCAUCCGUUCAUCCAACCAUCCGUUCAUCUGUUCGUGCAGCCAUCAGCGUGGUGAAGAUGUCUGAACACAGGAUCUUUGUUCAGCUGCUCUCAGCUGUCCUCCUCAUGUCCUCGUGGUGCGUUCAGGGUCUGCGUGUGGACGUGGUCCCCAGGGCGCCGCUGUUCGGCCUGGGCGAGCGCCAGCAGCUGCUCUGUAGUGUCCAGGACUGUCCCACGGCCCCGAGAAUGUCCUGGUUCAGGCUGGGAGACCGUCCUCUGUCCGCGGCGGUCCACACCAACAGGACAGAGUCCCUGCUGACCUUUGACCCCGUGAAGACGGAGGACGAAGGACUGCUGGUCUGUCAGGUCCUCUGUGGAGACGAGCGCAGACAGAGACGGACCUCAGUCAGGGUCUACUCCUUCCCCUCAGACCCUGUGGUCACGGGUCAGGACCAGCUGAGACUGGGACCAGAGUCCACGCUGACCUGCCAGGUGCCUCACCUGUACCCCGAUGGUUUUCUGACCCUCACCUGGCUUAAAGGAGGCACGGCUCUGAAGAGCACCUUGGGAGCGUCUACGUCCCUCCUGCUUGGGUCUGAGCACCAGCUCCAGAUCCAGGACUCAGGAGGGAACAUCACCUGCAGGGCCACGCUGGACAUGGAGGAUCUGCCAGCUGAGAACCAGACCAGAGAGACCACCGUCUCCCUAAACAUCCUCUAUGCUCCAGUUGUCGUAGAGUUUUCAGAACCUGUGGUCGUGAUGACGGGCUCUCCGCUCACUCUGAACUGCUCAGCCGAGGGAAACCCUCAGCCGAACAUCUCCUGGAGCGUCAGGGCGAUGGACGGACGGACUCUGGAAGGACUUGGAGGUCAGCUGGUCUUUCCAGCAGUGAGACUUUAUGACGCUGGUCGAUACGAGUGUGAGGCUCGGAACACAGAAGGAAGCGACACAGUCGCUGUAAAUGUCACUGUUCUGGCUCCACCCACCAACACCUCCAUGUCAGUGAGUCCAGGUGAGGUAGUGAUGGAGGGCCAAGAGCUGACAUUUACCUGUCACUCUGAUGGAAGUCCACCCCCCACAUUGAGCCUGAAGAGGGAGGGGGAGGAGCUACUGGUGACUGACUCCGCCUCCCCUCUCAGUUUCAGCAUCCAUGCUGCUUCCCUGGGAGACUCCGCCCUCUACCUGUGUGAAGCCUCAAACCAGAUCAGCUUCCAGCUGGCGUCCAGGAACGUCAMGGUCAGAGCUCACCCUCUGCAGGUGGAGGCGAGUCCUCAGGUCUCUGCAGAACGGGGGUCUGCCCUGAUCCUGACCUGCAGGGCCUCCGGAUGCCUCCACACUCCCACCCUGAGCUGGAGGAGGAAGGACCAGAACCGGACCGUCCUCCAGAGGACACGGCAGCWGGACGGGCUGUCCCAGCUCCACCUGCAGGACCUGGACCUCCAGCACCAGGGGGAGUACAGCUGCGAGGCCGAGUGCGACUCGGUCGUCAGGACCAGAGAGAUCCACGUCCACGUGUACUCGUUCCCGUCUGAUCCAGUUCUGGAGGAUCCCGGUCCCGUCCUGCUGGGCCUGGAGGCGGAGCUUCGCUGCGACAUCGUCAGCGUCUUCUCGUCCAAUCAGCUGAGGGUCCGCUGGCUGUCAGGAAACACCACCCUGAUGGUGSAGUCCUUCAACUUCUCCGGCUCUCUCCAGAACGUCUCGUCGGUCUUGAAGCACCAGGUCCAGGAGGUCCAGGAGGUCCUGACCUGCAGGGUGGAGCUGCUGAUGGAGACCGGAGGCGUGUGGAGGUCCAGAUGGACCAGCAUCCCUCUGCAGGUCCACUAUCCUCCGAGGGAGACCUCCCUCUCAGUGAGUCCAGGUGAGGAGGUGAUGAAGGACGAGACCGUGACCUUCACCUGCCGCUCGGACGGAGCUCCGCCCCCUACGCUGGUGCUGAAGAGGAAGGAGGAGGAGCUUCUGAGGGUAGACUCUGCCUCCUCACCGGUACUGACCUUUAACCUCUCCUCCACGCUGCUGGAGGACUCCGGCUCGUACUGGUGCGAAGCCUGGAACCGGUACGGGUCCCAGCUGGUCUCCAGGAGCAUCACAGUCAAAGCUGCCCCGAGGAACACCACAGUCCUGGUCCUGCCGUCCACGGUGGUCCAGGAGGGACAGAAUGUCACCGUCUGCUGCCAGACCAUCAGCUUCCCCCCGUCAGCUGUGGUCCUGACGAAGCUGAGCAGCGGGUUCGAGCUGCACUCGUCCAGCGGCACCUUCCUGCUGGUCAACGUGUCAUCCAGAGACUCGGGUCUGUACCAGGUCACCGUGUCCAACGGCCUCGGCUCCGAGGUCAAAACCUUCAGCAUCAGCGUCAGAGAGGGUCCGAGCGGACCUCCAGGUUUCUGGGUCUUCAUGGUCCCCUCGCUCUGCUCUAUCGCCGGACUCACCAUCUCUGCCCUGAUCGUGGACUACAUCAGGAGGUCCAGGAAAAAGGGUUUCUACCAGCUGCCCCAGUCCGCUCCACCGUCAGCCUGAAGCUGGGCCCSACCGAUCCUGGAACCCCAUCUCCACGUCUGAACCCGGUCUGGAGACRUUCGGCUCAGAACCAGGUGGACUCA